GCUCCGCGCGCGGGCACGCCCCGCCGCGAGCUCCCCUCAGCGCGCCCGCCCGCGCCCGUGGCCGCAGUUCCCGCGUUGCGGUGACGUCAGGCGGGGGCGGGGCCGGAGGCGGUGGCGCAAGAUGGCGGCGACCACGGGCGCGGGAGUAAAAGUUCCUCGUAAUUUUCGUCUUUUGGAAGAACUUGAAGAAGGUCAGAAGGGAGUAGGGGAUGGAACAGUUAGCUGGGGCCUUGAAGAUGAUGAAGACAUGACACUUACAAGAUGGACAGGAAUGAUUAUUGGGCCUCCAAGAACAAUUUAUGAAAACAGAAUAUACAGCCUUAAAAUAGAAUGUGGGCCUAAGUAUCCAGAAGCACCUCCAUUUGUAAGAUUUGUAACAAAAAUUAAUAUGAAUGGAGUAAAUAGUUCUAAUGGAGUGGUGGACCCCAGAGCCAUAUCAGUCCUAGCAAAAUGGCAGAAUUCUUAUAGUAUCAAAGUUGUUCUGCAAGAGCUUCGGCGUCUAAUGAUGUCUAAAGAAAAUAUGAAACUUCCUCAGCCACCUGAAGGACAAUGUUACAGCAAUUAAUUAAAAAAAAAACAACAACAUGCCCCCCCCUUAUUCAAUUUAAGCUGUCUUCAUUUUCCACAGUAGUAAAUUUUCUAGAUGCAUCUUGUAGACCUCAAAAUACUGGAAAGGAAGUUCCCAUUCAAAGGAAGUUUUUCUUGAGAUACUGUAAAUGAUACUAAUUUUUUUUUUUCAUUUGAAAUAUAAGUUGUGCUAUAACAAAUAAUCCUGUCGUGUAACCACUGUCCACAUAGCUGAACUUCUGGUAUCAGGAAAAGUCUAUUUAAAUUUAUUCCUGUCAAGACCAGUGUGGCACAUCCAACUUAACUGUGAAAGGAUCCAUCCCACAAUCACCUUGCUGUGUGUCUGGCCUGGGUUAUUUUUUUCUUUCUCUGUCUUUUGCAAUAGAGUCGAAGCUCAGGGCUAUUUAUUAGAGUAGACACAAAGGUUUUUGCUUCCAGUACUACACUGGGCUGUAUGGACUACUACUGGGGAUGUGUGCUAACCUCAGUCAUCCCUCCCUUUGUGCUCGCUCUAGUAAAGGCUGAAUGUGA